AUGGAGCCUCCACAUUCUGGACAUGAAUUGGCUAGCAAAGUUUUUGAGUGCUUGUAUGAAUGGGGGAUUGAAAAGAAAGUUUUUACAAUUACUUUAGACAAUGCAUCUGCAAAUGAUUGUAUGGCUGAAAUCUUGAAAAAGAAGUUAGUUUUGCAAAACAAUUUGAUUUGUGAUGGGAAAUUUUUUCAUGUGAGAUGUUGUGCACAUAUCUUGAACUUGAUAGUUCAAGAAGGUUUGAAGGUAACAAAUAUUGCAAUAAAUAAAAUUCAAGAAAGCAUUAAGUAUGUCAAGAUGUCAGAGUCCAAGAUGAAAACUUUCAGGAAAUGUAUUCAGCAAGUUGGAGGUAUUGAUACCUCAAUAGGAUUGCUAUUAGAUGUGCCUACUAGAUGGAAUUCCACUUAUGAUAUGCUUGAAAGUGAAAUAAGAUAUAAAAGAGCUUUUGUUUGCAUGUCUUGUCGUGACACUAGCUUUAAACAUUACUUGUCAAAUGAAGAAUGGAGGAGAGCAAAGGAAAUGUGCACUUUCUUACAGCCAUUUACAAUUAUUACAACUUUGAUUUUUGGCACAUCCUAUCCUACCUCAAAAAUUGAGAUUUUGUUGAAUGAAGCUACUAGCAAUCGUGAUCCUGUAAUUUCUAGUAUGGCAGUUAGAAUGAAGGAGAAAUUUGACAAGUAUUGGAGUGACUAUAGUGUAAUCCUUUCUAUUGGAAGUAUUUUUGAUCCACGAGCAAAGCUUGAAGUGAUUAAGUAUUUUUACUCACUAAUUGAUCCUGUAAAUUACUUCAUAAAAGUUGAUAAUAUCAAGCAGAAGUUGUAUUGUGAUGAUGAAGAAGCUGUAGAAAUAGUUGAUAUUGAGUCUCCGCCUCUAUCUUCCAUGAGUGGACCUACAUCUGAAGGUUCCAAUAUUUUAUUUGUGGAUGAAGAUGAGGGAGAUCUUGAUUAG